AUGAUUUCAAGAAAGGGUGACACUAUAGCGGCCGCAUGGGAUUGGAACGGCAAGCAGGGGGCACGUUUUGGUACAACAAAAUAUUGUCAUGCAUGGCUGAGAAAUUUACCUUGCAGUAAUCCUGAUUGUCUAUAUUUGCAUGAGAUUGGCUCUCAAGAGGAUAGUUUCACAAAAGAUGAGAUUAUAUCAACACAUACAAGGAGUAGGGUUCAACAAAUAACUAGUGCAAUAAACAACAUGCAAUUACGUGCUGGGAAUAUUUUACCUCCUCAUCUGGAUGAUUAUUGCCCCACCGCCACCAGUUCUGCUUCUGCAGUGAAAUCCAUUGCUAAAAAUGCUCCAAAUAAUAAGACUGUGCAUGCCUAAAAGCUCUCCCCCAAAUGGAAGCACUGGAAAAAAUGUUGCUCUUCCUGCUGAAGCAUCAUGGUAUACCAUUUAAUUUUCUUUUCUUUUGUUAUGUUUAUUUCUGUUGCUCAGAUUCUGAAUGUUCUGCCAGGGGAAUUCGUGCUUUAAACCAGCCACAAUCCAUUGGUUUAGCAUGUUCAAAUGGAUAUUCUAAGCAGAAAUCCGAUA